UAAAUGAAUGAAAUUCAAAAGGCAGAAAAGCAUAAAAGGGGACAGUGACCCUUCACAAUACCCAUUAGAACUCUCACACAUAAUAACCCUCCAUCAAUCAAACAUUAUUCAAUUCGAUAGCCAUAGCCAUAACCAUGCCUCCAACUCCACAAGAACACGAGCAACCCCUCUUACUGGACUCACCGCAACAAGCCGAUGAGUUAGAAGAAACAGCCUACGAUUCUUCCGAGAAGAUCGUGGUAGUUGGAAUCGACGAGUCAGAGUACGAGUCCGGGAACUGGGCCCGGGCCCCACCGUUCUCAUGGAGGAAGCUAUGGCUAUUCACGGGCCCGGGCUUUCUCAUGAGCAUAGCGUUCUUGGACCCAGGGAACCUGGAAGGAGACCUGCAGGCCGGUGCCAUUGCGGGGUACUCGCUGCUGUGGCUGCUCAUGUGGGCCACAGCCAUGGGCCUGCUGAUCCAGCUGCUGUCGGCCCGGCUCGGCGUGGCAACGGGCAGGCACCUGGCGGAGCUUUGUCGGGAGGAGUACCCGACGUGGGCUCGGAACGUGCUGUGGGUUAUGGCUGAGGUGGCACUUAUUGGUUCUGAUAUUCAGGAGGUUAUUGGUAGUGCUAUUGCUAUAAGGAUCCUUAGUAAUGGCUUUGUGCCUCUUUGGGCUGGAGUCACCAUAACUGCUCUUGAUUGUUUUGUUUUUCUUCUUCUGGAGAAUUAUGGUGUGCGGAAACUGGAAGCUGUUUUUGCUGUUCUCAUUGCGAUAAUGGCGGUUGCCUUUGCAUGGAUGUUUGGUGAAACAAAGCCCAGUGGCAAGGAAUUGCUUCUUGGUAUUUUGAUUCCGAAGCUUAGCUCUAGAACUAUACAGCAGGCUGUUGGAGUUGUGGGCUGCAUUAUUAUGCCUCAUAAUGUGUUCUUGCACUCUGCGCUUGUUCAAUCAAGGAGGGUUGAUCAUCGGAAUAAAGGCCGAGUUCAAGAAGCUCUUAAUUAUUACUCAAUAGAGUCCACCAUGGCCCUUAUAGUCUCCUUUGUUAUUAAUAUAUUUGUCACAACCGUUUUUGCUAAGGGGUUCUAUGGUACCGAACUAGCAAACAACAUUGGUCUUGUAAAUGCAGGACAGUAUCUUCAGGAGCAGUAUGGGGGUGGAUUAUUUCCAAUACUGUAUAUAUGGGGUAUUGGGUUAUUAGCAGCAGGACAAAGUAGCACUCUUACGGGUACCUAUGCAGGUCAAUUUAUCAUGGGGGGUUUCCUAAAUUUAAGGUUGAAAAAAUGGAUGAGAGCACUAAUUACACGAAGUUUUGCAAUUAUUCCAACUAUGAUAGUUGCUCUUAUUUUCGACACCUCUGAGCAAUCGUUAGAUGUUCUGAAUGAGUGGCUUAAUGUUCUUCAGUCAGUUCAAAUCCCCUUUGCACUUAUUCCCUUGCUUUGUUUGGUGUCAAAGGAGCAGAUAAUGGGAAGUUUCAGAAUUGGCCCCGUCCUCCAGAUUAUUUCAUGGCUCGUGACUGUUCUGGUGAUAGUGAUUAACGGCUACCUUCUGCUGGAAUUCUUCUCGCACGAAGUGAAUGGCGCAAUAGUCGGCACUGUAGUGUGCGUGCUAACAGCUGCAUAUGUUGCAUUCAUAGUAUACCUUAUUUCACGGGCCGUUACGUAUUCACCUUGGCAAAGUGUGACACAGCGAAAGUCAAAUACUAACUCAGAGUUGGAGUAAUUAGCUCGUAAAGAAGUCAAUGCAAAGUGGUGGAAGCAUAUUGUUGUUUUUGCCUGUAAAUUAUUCAGUCUGUAGGUUGUAGCGGAAGUAUUGUUUUUCUAUCAAAAUUUAGUUUCUGAAAUGAAAUGCCUUUGAAAUCACUGA